AUGCGUCCAAGCUUCGUCCUCGCGCUGUUGGUGGCCUUCGUAGUGGCAUGCGUUAGCGUCACUGCGAGAGCGAACGCCGCUGUCCAGCCGAAGCUCACGAUCGAGAUAGCGAGCAGUAUGUCGACACGCCGGUAUCUGAAGGGAAGGCAGGGAGGGACUGUUAAUGACGAUGAAGAGAGACUGUUCACGGGUGCUAUUCAGAAAAUGCCGGGCUUUAACAAAAUCAAGGCUGCCUUUCAGAAUAACCCAAGUUUUGCCAAGAAUUUGGAGAAGUUUCGUAUGAAACGCCAGCGUCUCGAUGAAUUUUUCAAGGAGAAUCCAGUUAUUAAGAAGGAAAUCAUCGUCGCUUCCGUGCUUUUGACACUGAUUUUCAGUGUGCCGAUUGUAGUCAAUGCAUUUUUCCGGCGUAGGAAAGAUGCAGAGAUGUUCCAAAAUAUAAACGUCGUCAUAGAAUCUGAAGAGAUUACAAGAGCUCUUAACAUAAUAUCGAAAAGUAACUUAUCAAAUACUACGAGUAAGGUGAACAUGCGAAUACAACACGGUCGUUUGUCAUGGUUUUAA